UUCAUUUUGCAGUAAAGCAGCCUCUAUGAAGUUCGACGCUGUGUUGAUAGAGAACCAAUACUACAGCAGCUUCCAUGGACUGACGCACAAGCUGGGUUCUCCGCCGGUGAUCGGAGUGCACACAUUCGUGCCGUGGUCGGCCCUCGACGAGUUCAUGGGAGUCAAAGUGAACCCUUCCUACAUGCCUCACAUCUUCUCUCAUCAUAGCGACUCGAUGACCUUCCUUGAAAGAUGUUUCAACACGUUUUUGUACUGGUACAAUUGGUAUCUGGUCGAGUACGAGCUGUUCCCUUAUCAAGAGGCCAUUCUCAAGAAAUACUUUGGGACGAACACACCAUCAGCGAGGGAAAUGGAGUUCAACAGAGCUUGUUGCUGGUACCAGCUGAUCUCUGAACAAGGCAUUGAUACUUCAGUCUGGGAAGUAACAUGCAGGGAACUUCCGUCCUCAAGAGAAAGGGAAAUAUUCUUCAAAACCAUCAGGAGAUUCCCGAAGAUCAGAUUCUUUUGGAAAUAUGAAGCUGAGUCUCCACUAUCAAAUGUGCCUUCAAUUGUGAUUAGAAAAUGGUUCCCGCAACAGAGUAUUCUAGUUCACCCGAAAUGCCGGAUUUUCAUCUCGCAAGGCGGCCUGCAGAGCACGGAGGAGGCGAUCUAUUACGCUGUGCCACUUCUGGUCAUACCCUUAUUUGCUGAUCAGCCACAUCAGGCUGCUAGAAUAGAGAAGGAGGGAGCCGGUCUGUCUCUCUUGCUCAGCAGAUUGACGGAGGACAAUUUUUAUGACGCCAUAAGCAGCAUGCUCACUGACCCAAAGUUCAAAUCAAACAUGAACAGACUAUCGUCGUUAUCGAAAGAUCAGAUGGUUCCCGCCCUGGAUGAGGCGGCCUGGUGGGUGGAGUACGUCAUAAGGCACAAGGGAGCCAGGCAUUUGCGGCCACAAAAUCUCAACAUGAACUGGAUCCAAGUGCAGCUCGUCGAUGUGUAUGGUGCAAUUGUCGCUGCCGCACUAUUCGUUCUCUACAUAAUUUACAAACUCAUCAAGAGCAUUGUUGCCCUUAUUCCUUUGGGCAAGAGUAAGAAAGGGAAGAAAGCGAAGAGUAAAAGAUCGUAAAUCUACAGAUUCGAUUUGCAUCGUUAUCAGUUUAAUAAAUAGCCUCAAGAAUA